AUGAUUAAUCAAGAAAAUUGUCCAUCUGUCCCUGUGUCAACAUCAACAGCAGUAUCUGCUCCAUCAUCAUCGGGACUACAACAUCAUAUUUCAAUGAAACUAAGUAAAGUCUCAGGGAAUGUGUUUAAACUAGGUUCCAGUUCAGGUGCAGGUGUAACAUCCAACGUUACCACUGGCAAUGAACACACACUUACGCUGGCUACAGGCGUGGCUCCAACAAUAAUCAAUAGUUAUGUGCAAAUCAAUUAUUUAGGCUCAGCUGGUGGUGCUGGGAUACAGCCUAUGCAACAAAAUGUUAUUGAGGCUAUACAGUUGUGGGCUCCAAAUCAAAUGAAUUUCAUCCAUGAAUUACUUGAUCAACAGAAAACACAAUUUUAUCAAAAUUUAUCCUUCAAUCAACGUCAUCUUGAAGGUGAAUGGGAAAAAAUAGAAAAAGAGCUUACACGGGAGCGUGGUUUAUGGGGGAGAACCACUCCGGAUCCUUUAGCUAAAUGGGAACUUGAUCCAACUGAAGGUCCUCUGAGAAUGAGGAAACGUAUGAUUUGA